AUGCUUAGUCAAGAGGAUUCGAAUACGUCUACAACAGCAGCAGCAAAAACAACACUGGUGGUAAAUACAACAACAGCAACACCAAAGACAACAACAACAUCCGGAUCUCUUGAUCAUCCUUUAUUAAGUCCUGGAUCUUAUGUAGAAAAAGAUGGUUUCCUGUAUGAUGGCCAGUCGAAAACAUACAUGUUCAAUAAUAAUACUACUUCACGUCGGUCAGCUUUAGCUUCAGCUCUGCAAUCUGGUCGGACUCCAGGUUCAUCUAGAAGUCGUCAUGAUGACCAUUCAGGUGGUAGCAGUCAACAAGUACGUCCACUAUCCCCGAAUACACUUGAAGCGAAAGCUAGAGCUCGAUCAAUAGCUGCUAAAAAUGCUGCUAAAGCAUCUGUAGCAGCUAGACGAGCAAGAUUUGAACGUGCACUCCUGGAACAUCGUGUUCGCGUAUUGAAAUCACAAUAUGUUGCACGUAAACGUUUAAUAUUUAACUGGGCUAAAUCACUUGCUGAUAUCGCUGUAAAUGAAAUUAAAGGUAACCAGUUAGGCGGUGGUAAUAAGUCAGAACAACCAUCAGCUGUUGAAAUUCCCGUACGUGUUGAACAGUCGUCAACAACAACAACGACAGCAACUACCGUUCAGCCUGCCAAUGAAAAAUCAACUGGACGAAAAGGUCGACCCCCUGUUGGUGCUGGCGCUGGCGGUAGUAAUCGUACAAAAUCAACGAAUAAAUUACUAGAAAAAGCAAAGAAGAAACCUGGACGACCUAAAACUUCAACGAACAAUAACAGUAAUAAUGAUAAUAAAAGCAGCGAACACAGAAUUCCGAUGAUUGAUGAUGAUUUAACCGACUCUAUUGAUCCUUCUGUAGAAGAACAAGAAAAUCAACCUGAAUGGAAACCGCGUACAAAUACCACUACUACUACUUCUAUUAAAGAAGAAGAAGAAGUAAGACAGUCUCCUUCUAAACUGCCUCUAGCGUAUAGGCGUCCACCGCGUAAAAGUGCAUUGAAUCAUGAAUUUAUUAAAAUAUCAAAGCAUAAUACUACUACUCCUACUAGUCCAGCACUGAAACCUAUUCAAUCAUCAGUUAAAAGUCCAAUUAGAAAUUUCAAUACACCAAUAAUGACGGCAACUACGACAACUACUGCAAAAACCGCAACCACCAACAGCAACACCAGCAUCUAA